CGCUCGUUCGGUGCGCGGUGGCAUGCACGCCCUCGGAGGAUCCUCCGCAUCAGUGGAUGGCUCGGUAUACGUCAAGAGAGUGUCAAGAGCAAUGCUACACUGAGCAGCAACACGACGACGGAACACGCACAUUGGAACAUUGGGGACAUUACCACCAGUAUCAUGCCUACACGAGUUGCCCAAGCGCUGAUUCACAGGGGCCACUACAGUCUUGCCGAUGGCAGGGGCGGACACUCAGCGCAAGAGGCGGGGUGUCGGAAGUGGCGCGGCAGUGGCGUUAAUCGCGUGGGCAUGUUCUUCGGCGUUACGCCAGCGUGCGUCCUGGGCUGCGUGGCCCUCAUGCUGGCCGGGCACCGGCUGGAGAGGCAGUUAGAAAGGAGAGGCGUUUGGUUACCGGCCCCACUGUGUUAUUUUACAUAUUUCUACGUGGCGCUGGCGGUCCUGACGUUUUGCUCGCUCUGGUCAAUGUGGACACACCUGCUGCGGCCCACGGGCUUUCUGGACCCCAAUUUGACCCACGAUUUCGUGCACAGGAGAAUGAUCGAAGAGAGCGACGCCGACAGCUACAGAGCCUGGCAGGAGGAGGCUAGCCUGCUGGACUGGCCCUACCUCUCGUUUUUCUCGCUCCUGUGCCCGGUCUGGCUGUUGGCGACGUUGGGCAUCUGCGCAUACCACACGCGGGGGCACGUGAAGAAGAUCUUGCACUACAGGCGGUGCUGUGGGAGUCCCGCCGCCGUGGACGUACGGGACCCCCGGAGGAGAGCUCUCGUGCUUCACUGCAAGACCAUCCGCAUCGUCGCGUUGCCGCUGUUGUACGGGCUGAUGUCGUUUCAGGCCGUCGCGCGCAUGUGGGGAAUUGUCGCGAACACCAACGGUAAUCGCCACUUUCGGAGCUGGGAGCAGCGGAGGGAUUUCCUGGAGGACAUGUACACGGAGACCUUCAUUGUCGGAGACAUCUACGAGGCGUACGCGCUGCUCCUCUUCGGGGGGGUGCUCAUGCACCUGGUGAGCAACGACACCGAGGAGCAGGUGCAGAGCGUCUACGAGACCCUGGACGGGCUGGGCGACCCCGGCCGCACCAGCGGCAGUGCCGCCCGGAGCGCCUCGAUUGACGCCCUGGCAACAUCUGCCAGGAUCCGGGGGAUAUUCGCGUCGCAGACCAAGGGGCUCACAAUCUCUGGGAUCAUCCUGUUCUACCUCACCUGCGGCAUGCACGGGCUGUACACGCUGACCGUGACCGCCUUUGGCUACUACGGCUGGUACCCCGAGUAUUUCGGCGUCGAGCUUGGCAACAGGGGCCUGCUCCACACGAAGGAGUGGGAAGCCAAGGCGCACUGCUUCUUCUAUGGUGCGGGUUUCGUAGCAUCUUUCGCGGCCAUCGCCAAUAUCAUGCAGGUCGAGAGGGGGUUCCAUGGCACGCUGAAGGAGUUCAGACCACGCAUGAAAUUCUGGGGAACAAAGGUGCUGGUCUCCAUCGCGUUCCUGCAGGACCUGGCCCUACUGAUGAUACCGCCUGUCUGCUGGUGGUCGGAAGUCCGGCGCAGUAUAUUUUGUGCUACGCUGCUUGGUUUCGAGUGCUUCGCCAUCAGCAUCAUCCACCUUUUUGCGUGGCCGCCGCACGAGAGUUGGUACGCGGGUGAUGCAACACGAAACUACGCGGGUUAUUCUAAGAUUGUUUGCAUCAGUGACGGAUCGUCCGCUGCACGUUCGGAAAGCUCUGGCGAGGGGUCAGAUGAAGGGCAGUAGGAGCAGACGCGCGCCUGUCACCACACAUACUGUGCCGUGAUGAAAGAUUACCCUAUUUUGACGGGUCGGAAGAAGUUCAUCCUUCGUCCGCAAUGCGAGCACACGUCUGUGCCGUGAUGACAGAUUGCCCCACUUUGACGGGUCGGCAGAAGUGCAGCCUGCGUCCGCAAUGCGAGCACACGUCUGUGCCGCGAUGACAGGUUGCCCCAUUUGGACGGGUCGGCAAAAGUGCAUCCUGCGUCCGCAACGCGAACGCACGUCGCUAGUCGCCCCGUUAUGGACGUGGAGCCUGGUACAAUGUUACGGGGAGGUGCUUCGCUUUCGGGGCGGACAUCGAUUUCCAAACGGUUGGAAAACGACGUGUGGAUGAAUCGUAGCCAUUACUUCGGCUAUGCUAAAAAAGGGCCAAACUUUAAUCACGCCCAUGUAGCACGUUGGCACAGCAUGCCGAGGCGCAGUAUUGGCCGCUUCCGCAUACGCGGACCAACUGGGCCUCCCUCCCAGCGACUCAAUUGCUGCCGCCAUUGCCAGGGCAGUGCAGGUGUUGUCGGGGCAGUUCCAGCAGCAGCCUCCGCCACCACAACUGCCACCAGACUCGCUGCCGGCACCGCCAAUGGCCGCCACGUUCGCUGCCCAGCAGUGUUGGCAGCAUCGCUGUCGCGUGCACCUCGCCGCCGACACUUGCAGCUUCUGCCUUCGAGGGUGGCCAGCCCCCGUUGCGCGAAACAAAAAAAGUAUAAUGCCUACACGAGUUGUGCUGAAAACAGAUCCGGAGAUUGCAACCUAGCCUCCACGUUUCUUGUCAGUGUCCUCCUCUUUCUCCUCCUCCUCCUCCUCCCGUUCCUUCAGCUCUCUGUACUUUUAUGAUUCACCGUCUCAGGGACUACGCACUGUCGGGCGUGUCUAGUUUACGAAGCUGAAGGAAGGCGUUACCACUGAGGAGCACGCGCUCGUCGUUACUUCGAACGACAUCGCCACCAACGCCGAACCCGACGUUUGGUAAACCUGAUUGUAGGUUCCAACCGCCUGAGGCCGCCCUCCACCAAACAUAGUUGCAGCGCCUGCUUUGACCUUCCUUCCGACGGCUACCUCGCCUUCCGCUGACCAUGGGGUCAACUUCGACCUUUGCCGCUUCCACCGCAUUAUCCCCCCCUCAAGGCAUCUUCUCUCUUCCUUGUACUCCUCCAUGCCGGGCCGC